CCAUAAUUUGUACCCUCUGGGAAUCGAUGAAUGACUUGGUUACUGAGUGUAUCCCCAGCGCCCAGAAUGGUUCCCGGCACGUGGGAGGUAUUCAAUAAAUGUCCUUUGAAUGAAUAAGCGAAAGUUUUCCAAGAUUCGUAUAGGAAUCUGAGACACAAAGAUGAGGAGGCCCCAGAGUUUGGGGGUGGUGUGGGGAACACAGACCAACAAACAGAUGGGUACCAAGCUCCAGAGAACCUAACUCCUGCGCCUUCCUCCAGCUGGUGGGAGAUCCUAACCCUUUCCCAGCUGCAGACACCCUCGGAGGAAGAGGUGGGUUUAAAGGCGCAUGCUGAAGCCUCGCGCACAGUAAUCCACCAGUUGAAUCAACCAGCCCGGUGGAGAUCCCAGGUCUUGGGCGAAGUUGCAGAAGCCCGCGUCGCCGAGCUCUGGCAGGGUGCCAGGUGACCCCUCUCGUCCACCCUUGUGCCCAAUGCGGCGCGCCAGCCAAUGCGCCCCGGACGCCGCAGCUGCUCCCGAGCCCGGGCGCGUGAUUGGCAGCCUCCAGCCUCAGCCCCGGCGCGCCCUCCCACCCAAGACUAAGUCCAGUCCGCGCCCACUCCGGGGCGGUCGCCGCCUCCUCUGCGCCGGGGUGCUGGGCGCUGGGCCGGCAGGCAGCGCACACCCGGCAGGCGCCGCGGAGCAGCGAGGUCCCAGGCGGCAGCGCUCGGCGCAGUCCUCGCUCCGGCCGGGCCAUGAAGGUCGAGUUUGCGCCGCUCAACAUCCCGCUGGCGCGGCGGCUGCAGACGGCGGCGGUGCUGCAGUGGGUCCUGUCCUUCCUUCUGCUCGCACAGGUGUGCCUUGGAGUCAUUGUGUUCCUGAUCAUAUACAACUACUGGUUCCUCUACAUCCCUUAUUUGACAUGGCUUUACUUUGACUGGCAAACCCCAGAGCAAGGAGGCAGGAGAUCUGACUGGGUCAGAAGCUGGACCAUUUGGAGGUACUUUAAGGACUAUUUUCCAAUUCAUCUCAUCAAAACUUGGGAUUUGAAUCCAAGUCACAACUACAUAUUUGGGUUUCACCCCCAUGGAGUGCUUGUUGCUGGAGCCUUUGGAAACUUUUGUACAAAUUAUUCAAACUUCAAGGAGCUGUUUCCUGGCCUCACUGCGUAUCUUCACGUGCUUCCAUUUUGGUUCCGGUGUCCGCUCUUCCGAGAAUAUCUGAUGAGUAGUGGGCCAGUCUCAGUUUCCAGGAGAAGCGUGUCUCACGUGCUGAGCAAGGAAGGAGGUGGAAACAUCUCAGUCAUUGUGCUUGGGGGUGCAGAGGAAUCACUGGAUGCCCAUCCUGGAAAGUUCACUCUGUUCAUCCGCCAGCGGAAGGGAUUUGUGAAAAUUGCUUUGACCCAUGGUGCUUAUUUGGUGCCAGUUUUUUCUUUUGGUGAAAAUGAACUGUUUAAACAAGUUAGCAACCCUGAAGGCUCAUGGCUUCGAGCUGUGCAGGAGAAACUACAGAAGAUCAUGGGAUUUGCUUUGCCACUGUUCCACGCCAGAGGAGUUUUUCAAUACAAUUUUGGCCUAAUGCCCUAUAGGAAGCCCAUCCACACUGUUGACAACAACAAAGAUCAGAGCUGGAUGGAAGCUUCAAGGUUGCCUACUCUUUUAUUCCAUACAUGUGAAAAUUAAGGCCAGAGAAGAAGUUACUUACUAGCCCCGUGUACCUGCUGUUGGCCGCCCAAUCCCUGUUCGUCAGACCCUGCACCCAACCCCAGAGCAGAUUGAGGAGUUGCAUCAGACCUAUAUGGACGAGCUAAGGAAAUUAUUUGAGGAGCACA